UGGCGGCGGACUACCAACAAGGAGACAGCACCUAGUGAACGCGACUGGCAGCGAGCCGGGAGCCACAGGAGAGACAUAUCUAACCGCUAGUUUUUAGAUUUGUCCCGCUGAUAUUUCGCAUGAAGCAGUUUCCCUCUUGUUUCAGCCACAGGGACCGCGGUGAUGGAAGACGAGGAGAGGCAAAAGAAGCUGGAGGCCGGCAAAGCAAAGCUGGCUGAGUACCGCCAGAGAAAAGCUCACGCGGACUCCCAGAAGAAACAGAAAAAGAAGAAGAAAAAGAAGCCGGGUGAGGACUCUGAGGGGGACUCGCAGGGAGGGGUGGAGGUCGAGCAGUCUGUGGGAGGAGAGGCGCUCUCAGGCGGAGGACGAGAUGGAUUACAGGAAGGAAUUAAAGACCCACCCACCACAGAGUUUAGCUUCGCAAGGACGCUGCGGAGCGGAGAGACUGUCAAGCAUGACCAGACCUACACUAUAGAGCCGGAGAGUGAAGUGUCCACUACUGCUGAAGAUUAUUCCUCAGAGGUAAAUGGGUGCCAUGAUGAGAUGACAGAGAACCUAAUGAUGUCUUCGAAGGAUUUUAUCUGGGAGGAGGUGGAGCCGCUGCAACAGGUGACAAAGGGAGGUACAAUGGAGGAUGAACUCGCCGCCAAGACGCAGGCGGUGGAGGAGCUCAGUCGAGAGCUGGAAGAAAUCCGGGCUGCCUUUGGCACAGAGGGAGUACAGCAGCUGCAGGACUUCGAGGCUGCCCUGAAACAGCGAGAUGGCAUCAUCACCCAGCUCACAGCUAACCUUCAGCAGGCUCGUGAAGAGAAAGAUGAGAUUAUGAAAGAGUUCUUGGAAUUGACCGAGCAAAGCCAAAAACUACAUAUUCAAUUCCAGCAGCUGCAGGCGGGCGAGACGCUGAGGAACACCAGCCACAGCAGCACAGCAGCUGAUCUUCUGCAGGCCCGGCAGCAGCUCAUGCUGUACCAACCACAGCUGGAGGAGCUCCAGCACAAGCUCAGUGAGAUGGAGAUGUUGACGAGAAGAUCAGAAGAAUCAUUCACACAACGGAUAAACGAAAAGGACCUGCUGAUUGCCGAACAGGAAAAAGUUAUUUUGAGUCAGAAGCAGUCGCUGACAGAGUUAAGGACGGCAGAGGAGUCUUUUUCACAAACACUAAAAGAGAAAAAUCAGUUUAUUUCCGAGCAAACUGCAAUAAUCACAGAACACGAGCUGUCACUGACCCUGCUCAGAGAGGAACUAGUUCAUGUGGGACGGACUGCUACUGAUAAGAAUAUUAUAGACCCGUCAGUUGAGAAAGACCUGAUUAUAGCCGAGCAAGAGAGAGUAAUUUCAGAACGCGACUGCUCUCUCACGCAGUUUGAGGAUGAGCUGGAGUCCUCGGAAAAACGCCUGCAUGAUCUCCAACAGCGAAUGGCUGCAAAAGAGUCAGAGCUUGAAAGAUGCAUGGAUGAGUUGGAGAGCAGCAAGUCUGACUUAGAAAGCUGUAAAAGCGAAAUAGAGAGUUUUAAAUUAGAAUUGGAGAAAGAGCAUGCAGAAUUAGAAAGCUGUAAGGGUGAGCUUGCAACCUCCAGACAGAAAGAACGAAUGUCAUCCAAUGAGAUCAUGCAGCUCAUGGGCACAGUGGAGGACCUGCAGAAGCGUUAUCACCAGGGCAGCCUGUCUGAGAGUGACACUAUCCAGAAAAUGCAGGAAGACACUGCAAGGAAGCUCGAACUUCUCAGGGCAGAGCUGGACGAGAUGUACGGCCAGCAAAUAGUUCAGAUGAAGCAGGAGGUGAAUCUGCAGCAUGCAGCAAAAGUGGAGCAAAUGGCCGAGCAACAUCGCGUUGAGCUCGAGCUUCUAAAAGCACAACAUCUGUCUCAAAGCUCCACUGUUAGUGUCGAGGUGGACACACUAAAUGCUAAGAUAAAGGAGCUACAAGAGACAUUAGAGCAAACCCAAGCAAUGCAUGAUAAAGCCAGAUAUGAGGUCAGUGAAGUCGCCCAAGAGAAACUCAGUCUGCAGGCCAAGGUUGAAGAUCUCCUCCAAGAUCUCAAGUCUGCUAAAGAAAAAGUGGAGCAGGUCUCCCACAGUCUUACCUCUCAGGAAAGCCAACAAGAUAAGCUUCAGCAGCUCCAGGAGACAAUUGACAAUCUGAAGAGCGAGCUGGCUGCUGCUCAGGAAGCGGCAGAAGAGGCCGAAAUAAAACAUGAUUCAGAAAUAACUAACUACAAGAUCAAGCUGGAGAUGCUGGAGAGAGAGAAGGACGCUGUGCUCGACCGCAUGGCGGAGUCGCAGGAAGCAGAGCUGGAGCGACUGAGGACCCAGCUCCUGUUUAGCCAUGAGGAGGAGCUCACCCUCCUUAGAGAGGAGUUGCAAAGGGAGAGCUUCCUGAACACAGAAAACCUUCUCAAUGAAGCCGCUAUCAAACACGAGAAAGCGUUGGACGAGCUGCGCAUCAGUUACGAGGAAGAGCUGCAUUUGUUACAGAAAGAGAAGGCGAGUUUUGCCACAGAGCGAGAUGAGCUAUUUCACCAGAUUCUCGGACUAAAAGAGGAUCUAAAGCUCGCUUUGCACAGCUCCAAAGCAGAUGAACUCGUCCAGCAGCUUCAGGAGCUUCAGGUAGAGCUAGAGGAUCUGAAAAAGGGAGGAGAAGAACAAGCUCGGAUGGAAAAAGAAAUUAAGACGUUACAGAAAAAGACAGAGGCGCUUGCUGAGAAAGAACAAAGUUGGGAGAACAAAUGGAAGGAGCAAGAAUUGGAAAAAGAGACAUUGAUAGAGUCUAAUAACACUUUAAAAGAAGAGAUGGACUCAAAAAUUCAGGAAAUUGAGACACUUAGAGCAGAGAACAAUCAAAUACAGCAACAAGUAGUCGAGCUUUGUGAGAAAAUUGAAACGCAGAGAACCACUUUCUCUUUUGCUGAGAAGAAUUUUGAGGUAAACUAUCAGGAGCUGAAAGAGGAGUACACGUGUCUCAUUGAGGCAAAGACACAGUUAGAGGAAAGGACACUGAAGGAGACACUUGAGUUUGAGGCAAAAAUUGCCAGCCUUCAGUCUCAUAUUCGGGAGCUGGAGGAGAACAGCGGAGACAUCGAAAUGGAGAGCAUGAAUACAGAUCAACGGGAACAAGCUGUGAUUGAAAAAGAUACUACUGAGCUAAUGGAGAAGCUGACUGUUACUUUGAGUGAGAAGGAAAGCCUGGCUGGGAGGCUUUCCGAAGUUACAGAGCAACUGAUGUUUACAGAGAGCAAAGUGGGACGGCUGGAAGAGGAGUUGAUGAAAGUGAGACAAGAAAAUGUGAAGGUCAUCGCACAAAGUGAAAGCCUCGGGAAAGAACUGGAAAAGAAGCAAGAGAUUAUGAGACAGCAGACGAGGGGGCAGGGUGCCCAGAGCAAAGCUAAGCCCCAGCAAGAAGCUGCUGAGCCAGUUUGUUCUUUUGAGGAUCAUCACCUUCAGAUUCAAUCUUUGCAAGAGGAGAUAAAAACUCUUCAGUCCCUCUUACAGGCGGCUGAAUCCGAGAGAGACGGCAUCAGGCAGACCCUGGAGCCCCAGAGGCUUUCACAGACUCCGUCGCCAGCAGCGGCGGCCCAGUGUUCAGGGGAGGGACCUGUUGAGGGGCGAUCCUCCCCGAACAAGCCCACAGGCUCAGGGUCAAACAGGCGCAAGAGACGGCAGAGGUCGAAGCAGGAGCGCAAACUGGGCACCUCUCUCUCAGACUGCAGAGAAGAAAAACAAGGGGAGGAGGAAGAGGACGCAGCAGUGGAGGAGGAGAGAGCAACAAGUGCUGCAGAGCAGGAGAUGCAGCCUCAAAUGGAGAGCCAGGUUAUGUCACAAGAGAGGGCCGGUAAGGAGGACUCUACUGACGGGUACCAGGGAGACGGAGGCAGAGACGACAUCAACAAACAGGUGAGCAGACAUGGGACGGGCCACCGCACGGAGCCUGUCGUGUGUCGGGGAGCAGAGGAAGAGGGACAGACUACUGAGCAUGGUGAGUGCAGGCUGCAGAUGGAGGCUCAGCGCAUCAGCCUGUCUCAGAUCCACGCCGCUCAGCUCGAGCUGCUGCAGGAAGAGACGGACGCCCGCACACACACACUGGAGCUGAAACUGCAAAACCGGAGAGAUCACGGUGACCAGAAUGAGUCAAAAAUCUUCAAAUACCAAAACAUGUUACAAGCUGUGUCAGAAGAAUGCAGCGAGAUCAUUCAGCGUUUUCAACAGAUGUUUGGUGAAGAGUUUUUGGAGAAUGUUGCUACAGAGGGCCAGCCGCCCCCUUCAGUGGAGAGACCAGAAACUACUGAAUCAACCUCCAUUGUACUGGAGGCCAGAGAGCUCUGCAGAAAUCUUCAGCGGGUGAGAGAGGGGAUCGAGCAGGAACAUCAGCGACUGUCCCAGCUCCAGGCUCUGCUGAGAGCUGAAGGCAACAAGAUGACGGAGCUGCAGGUGGCGUAUGAUGAACUGAAGAGCAGCAGUCAGAAGGAGAUCUCUGACCUCCGUGUGCAGGUUUCCAGCUCUACAAGCAAAGAUCCAGAGGAGCAGGCUGAUGCAACAUCUACCUCCCUGACCCAGGAAUUACAGAGGCUGAAGGCCAAAGAGCAGGAGAAGCAGCUCCAACUGGAGGACAGUCACAAACAAGAGAUGGAGCGUCUCCGAGCUCACUACCAGCAGCAGGCCGCAGAGAGUGAGGAGCGAUAUGCCACCGAGCUCUUCAUGCUGCAGCAGCGACUGCAGGAGGUCACAGGCACUGAGACCCAAUACAGUGCUCCAGAGUCCAGCUUCGAGAGGAUGGAGGAGCACGGAGACGAGUUUAAGGACCCGGGUGAGGAGGGACUGUCAGAGGGAGGUGAGGAGCUGUGCUGGCCCGUCAGGUCUGCAGGCCUGAUAGCACAGCUGCAGGCGCUGAGGAAAGCUCUCUACCACAAGUAUGUCCAAGAAGUAGCAGCGCUGAAAGAGCAGCACAACAGGGAGCUGAGGAGACUGACGGAAGAAAAGGAGCAGGAGAGGAAAGCAGAGGAGCGUCAGGAGAAGAGAGCAGAGAAAGAGCAGGAUCUCAACGGUGUUAACGGAGCUGGAAGCUCCAGUGAGAGCCUCGGGGCGGCUGGGCAGGUCGUGCUGGAAGACAAGCAACACUGGGAGAGAGUGGAGGAGGAAGUUGCUAAGGCCAUCGUUCAGAUGUCCGUGGAGUUUGCACAGCAGAUUGAGCUGGCUCGAAUCAACAAGCGUGCCUGCCAGAGGAGUGCCUCCAUGCAGACCUGGUCAGAUAAAGAGGAGGUGGAGGACAGAGAGAAGGAGGAGCGGGCGACUACUAGAGCUCCUGUCUCCUCGGGGGCCUGGCUGGAGGAGGUGGAGAAGGAGAGACUGGAGAAGGAGCUGGAGGAAAGGAACGCCGAGAUCAGAAAGUUAAAAGAGGAGCUGCAGAAAUCAGGACCCGAGCAGGGCUUGAAGAGGAGAGAAGACUGUCAAGAAGAAGUUGAGGAAGAUCCAGGCGGGCCGGGGAUAAAGCAGGCUGGUGAUGGCAAACUGUCAGCGCAGGAUGAUGGAGAGACUGAAAGGAACGUCCUGCGUAAGGCCAAUGAGAAACUCAAACAGGUGCUGGUUGACGUCCUGAAGACGACGGCAGCAGCGGAGGAGACGAUGGGCCUCCACAUGAAGAGUCUGCGUGAAGCGUCCAGCAGAGGACAGCAGGAUGCACCGCCCCACUCGACCACACAGAGCUCAACCUGGCAGAGAGCAAACACUGAGCCCGUCGAACCUCACGCUACAGGUCACUCUGCAGAAAGUUGCCAGGGCAGCGAGACUGUGGCAGACGAUGUGAGUCUGUGGUCCGGGGAGAUGGAGGCUGAUGAAGGUCUGGAGGUAUCCCAGCAGAUGAUAGAAAGUCUUCUGCGGGGGGCGGGGACGCAGCUGCAGAACGAGGAGUAUCUGAUGAGCAUCAGCAGCCGACUCCAAACGGCUCUAGAGAAGAUGUUGAUGGCCAUCACAGACACCACCAACCAGCUCGAACACGCUCGGAUGACCCAGACUGAGCUGAUGCGGGAGUCCUUCCGUCACAACCAGGAGAUGAGCGAGCUUGUGCAGAAGCAGGAGGAGCUGCAGGAGAGGCUGUCCGAGGAGGCUCAGGCACGCAAGCAGCUGGCUCUGGAGCUUCACCACGCUGAGGGUCUGAUUGAUGGCUACACGGAUGAACGGGCUGCGUUGGAGGAGCAGUUGCGUCAGAAGGAGGAGCUCCAGCUGAGCCUCGAGCAAGAGCUGCAGGUGACGAGUAGCCGACUGCACGAGUUGGAGCAGGAGCGUCUUCAGAUGCAGGAGGAACGAGAGCUGCUGUCACGCCAACAAGACGCCAUGAGGGAGGACGCCGGACCCCGCGAGCUUCGCCUAGUUGAAGCUGCAAUGGUUGCAGCACCUGAAGCAGACCUGCUGGAGGAGACGGAGAAGCUGAUGAAGGAGAAGGUGGAGGUCCAGCGUCAGGCCGAGAAGGAGAAUGCUGACCUCUUGAAGCAGGUGAAGCUGCUGGAGGCGGAGCUGGAGGAGCAGGUCAACAGGGUGGAGGAGCUGGAGCACGCUCAGACCACAGAGAGCAGAGACCUCCGACAGCAGGUCCAAGCACUGGAGAAACAGCUGGAGAAGAACAAGAGGUUCCUCGAUGAACAAGCUGUGGACCGAGAGCACGAGAGAGAUUUCUUCCAGCAGGAGAUUCAGAAACUGGAGCAGCAGCUGAAGAAUCCGCAGAAGCUGCAGACGGGCUCAGAGCAAAGAAACCAAGAGGUGGACCAGCUGACCUCCCAGCUGAAGGAGAAGGCGGAUUGGUGCAGUGAGCUGCUGCUCAGCUCAGAGCAGCUGCGUCGUGAGUUGGGAGAGCGCGACGAAGAGAUUGACAAGCUGGAGAGCCGCAUCCGCGAGCUGGAGCAGGCCCUGCUGGCCAGCGCUGAGUCCCUGGAGAAGGUUGAACAAAAGAAGCAGCAUGCAUCCAUCACAGAGGCAAGACACUCCACACUGGAGGCUCAGUUACAGACGGAGAGAGAAGCUCUGGAGAGGAAAGAGAAGGAGAUCUGUAACCUGGAGGAGCAGCUGGAGCAGUUCAGAGAGGAGCUGGAGAACAAGAGCGAGGAGGUGCAGCAGCUUCACAUGCAGCUGGAGAUCCAGAGGAAGGAGAUCAGCAGCCAGCAGCAGUACCUAGAAACCAGGGACAGCAUGCUUCAGGUGAUGGAGGAGAAGGACAGGGAAAUAGCACUUCUUAAUGAACAGAUCACUAAGCUCCAACACAUGGAAACAGCCUCUGAUAACAAGGAGAUUGAUGAGAAGGAUGAGCUGAUGAAAGACCUGGAGUCGCAGGUGGAGUGCCUGCGGAGCGAACAGGAGCGCCUGAAGAGGAAUAAUGAGGAGGAGCUUGACCAACUGAACGCAGUGAUAGACAGACUUCAGCAGGAGCUGGCCAAUAUCGAGCAGAAACAGACUACAGAGGAGGACGAGGACACCAAGGCGGAGCUAGAGUGCACCGCAUGGAGGCCAAGUAAAGAGGAAUACGAUGAAAUGAAGCAAAGAAUGGACCUGGCCACCAAAGAGGUCGAUAUACUCAAAACGGAGCACAGUAAGCUGUUGGAGACGUACCUGCGCUUGAAAGAGAGCGCAGAAGCUUUAGCACAGACGGAAAAACUGGAAAGCUCAGAGGGCGAACUCGAAGAAGCUCUCAGAGAGAAAACUGCAGGCCUUGUGGUCAUGCAGGCCCAGGUACAAGCUUUAGAGCAGAGUGCAACAACCAGAGUGGAAGAGCUGGACCUCCGCAUCCAGGAGCUGGAGGACGUGGUCGGUGAAAAAGACCAAGAGUUGGGCCGCUGUCGACACCUUCUGGAGCAAACACAAAGCUAUGCAGAUGGUCUCCAACAGAGAGUGUCCAAUCUGGAGGAAACUCUGAGGGAGAAGCUGGCCGCAGCGCUCGUCAGCCAGGCCACACUGGAGGCCUUCCAGCAACAGCAGUCACAAGGAUCCAAAGGCAACCAGGACCAGCAGAGACAAGCUGACACACAUGUGGAGCCUCAUGUUUAUGACUUUGGUGACUUUGGUAUUCCCCAAAUGGAUUUCAGUGGACUUGGUCAAGCGAGACAAGCUCCCACAGGGAAGGUGGUCCACCUGACCCAGAGACUGCGGGAGCUGGAGGUGGGACUCAGUGGGAUGCAGAAGGACCAGGAGCUCCAGAAGCAGCUGCUGUCCAGCUCUGAGGAGGAGGUGAUGGAGUACGAGAGGAGGCUGGCCGUGCUCAUGGAUCUGCUCAGUCAGAUGAAGGCCAGGACACAUGAGAGGACAUCGCUGGCUGUCGGGGCGUCCUCUGCUGAUGACCAGCCGGCUGCUGUGUCAGAGCUCCUUCAGGAGCUGCAGGAGGUCAGAGACGAGGCCUCGGCCACCAAAGAGCAGCUCGACAGCUACAAACAAAGCUGCAGCAGACUCCAGGAGGAGCUCCAAGACAAAACCAUGACAAUAGAGAGACUACAGGAUCAACUUCAAAAGGCGUCUUCUGAAGGACGUGAGGAGACUGAGUCGUCUGAGCUUCAAAAGGAGUUACUGGAAGUUCAAAAUGAAGCAGCUGCCACCAAAGAGGAGCUGAACAGCAGCAGGGAGAGCCUGGAGAAGCUGCAGGAGCUGCUGCAGGAGCGGGAAAUGACCAUCGCUCACCUUAAAGGAGAACUUUUUGAAGUCCAGGCUGAUGAAGAGCGAGCCAACAUGUCAGAGCUUCUGCAGGAGCUCCAGGAGGUCAGAAACGAUGCAGCUUCCACCAAAGAAGAGCUCAACGGCUUCAGGCAGCACAAUGAGAAACUUCAGGAGGACCUCCAAGUCCGUGAAGUUUCCAUUUCUAAGCUCAAAGAGGAGCUUCAGGGGGUGAGAAAAAAUGUGGACACCACCAAAGAAGAGCUCAACGGCUACAGGCAGCACAAUGAGAAACUACAGAACGAACUCCAAGUACGUGAGCUCUCUAUUUCUAAACUCAAAGAGGAGCUCCAGGAGGUACGAACAGCCUUGAUGAAGACAGCAGAUUCUGGUCCCCCAUCUCCGUCUCCCUCUCCGUCUCCCUCGCCGUCUCCUCAGCCUGCUUCUUCAUCCUCCACCACACAGCCUAAAAGGAAAGGAGGGAAACAACCGGCUGGUAAAGGGAGCAGCGGCAGAGAUAAACCAUCUCUCUCCAGGAAGAACUCUGCCACCUCGAGCCAGUCCUCCAACAAAUCUCACAGCGCUCGGCUAAACAGCAGCUCUGAGCAGCAACACCCGGCUGUAACGCACUCGUUCACGCAGACUGAACCUCUCACAAUAUCCCACCUCUGUCCGGAAAGCGAGUCCACAACCAAAGACGAGAUGGAGGAGGUGAUCAGCGAGUUCCAAGAGAAGAUUGUACAGAUGCAGGAGCUCCACGCAGCAGAGAUCCUGGACAUGGAGGCUCGGCAUAUUUCAGAGAGCGAGAGCCUUCGGAGGGACACACAGGCUCUGGAGGACGAGUGUAAGGCCCUGAAGGCUGUCAUCGACAAGCUGCGCUCCACGGAGGCUCCGUCAUCAAGACAAGACCGUCCCACAUCGCAGUUCAAAGAUGGCUACACAAGUGACAGCAGCUCAGACUACAGUCAGCGGACCGGAUUUGACUUCCCGAGCUUGCAGCAGGAGUUUAGGACGACUCCAGAGGGCGCCAGGAGAGAGGCUGAUGAUCCGCUGCCCGACCGGAUCAAGACGUUGCUCCGUGAGGUGCACCAGGAGGGCAUGCAGGUGCUCUCCCUGUCAGAGCUCCCUCUCACUGGAGGCGAGCCGAGCAGCCAGUUCAACGUCGCAGGCUGGGUGAAGGAAAGAGACGCACUACUGGCGACUGUGGAGUCUCUCAAAGGCCUCAUCAGCCAGAUGCAGACACACAGAGACACACAGACGCCAGGCGGCGUGGACUGGCGUGGACAGCUGCUGGACGCAGUGCGGCAGGUGUUUAUGAGGGAGCGCAGCGUCCUGAAGAGCGCCCUCUACAGCCAGUUGGACCUGCUAGACACCAGCGAUGCCAUCAUCCACCUCAAUCAGCUGGAGCGCAGACUGGCUGAACAGGACACACAGCACAGAGAGGCGAUGGGUUCGCUCCACACUGCGGACAGGUCCAGUCUCAUCUCUGAGAUUCACCAGCUCCGAGGUCAGCUGGAGCAGAUUCAUCAAGGUGCCCACCCUGCUGCGUCUUUGGGUGGUGAACAUAGCGUGAGGCAGCAGAGGGAGGGAGGAGGAGCUGAUGGAGCAGCGGAGGCCGACAGGCUGCUGGCGGAGGAGCUGAAGAACGAACUGUCUCAGACUAAACUUGAGCUGGAGACGACACUCAAGGCUCAGCACAAACACCUCAGAGAACUGGACACACUCAGGGCAGAGGUAUCGCAGAAGGCUGCUGAGGUGGACGCACUGAACGACCAGCUGACAGAGGAGAGGAAGAAGAGCAGAGAUCUUCAGUGGGCCAUGGAGAAGGAAAGGUGUCGAAGUGGGAGAAGCGAGGAGAGUAAACGAGAAGAGCUGGAGGACCUGAAUCUCACUCUGGAGGAGCAGAAGAGCCGCGUCGCCCAGCUGACACUGACCCUGGAACAGGAGCGCCAGGCCUCCUCUCAGCUCUCCCAGCAGGCCGAACAGGAGCGCCUGAGCCUCCACAGACGCCUCCAGGAGCUCCACGUCCAGCUGGAGACGGAGCGAGCCAAGGCCCUGGAGAUGAGCACUGCGCUGGGGAGGGAGCGAGAGCUGCGGACGGGUGUGUCCUCAGACGGCGGUCCCUCCAGUGAGCAGCGGGUCGAGGAGGACAGAAAUAAACCGGAGGAGGAAGGGAGUCUGCUGGAAAGACUGCAGAGGGAGCUGGAUGACAAACACGCACAGGUCGUGCACCUCCUCGGUCAGGUGGAGGCCCAGAAGCUCGAGGUGGUGCGGAAAGAGGAGGAGCUGACUUUGGGGAGUCAGAGGUCAAGACGGGACCAGGAGGUGCUGCUGGAGGCUCGGGCCCAGCUGGAGAGACUGCAAGCACGAAUGUCUGAGACGCAGGAGCAGCUGCAGAGAGAGACGGAGAGGAGGAAAAGUCUAGAAGAGGAGAAGGAGAGACUGGAGGAGACGUUGAACCAGUUAGGAGAGCAGAGAGGAGCGAGGGAGGGGAGCAGACCUCUGCAGGCCGAUAGCCACGCUCAGGCUGUCUCGCACAGCGAGUCCACCGACCGCACCAAAGACUGGGUGUUCCAGCAGAAGAGUGGAAAUGUUCAGUCAGCCACCUCCACCACGUCCCCCCACCUGGACGCCUUUCCAGCAGGUCACACCAGCGGACCACACCACGGUUCGUGGCGCACAGUCGACAAGAUUCUGGGCAAACUCCACCUCAUUUCCUCCAAAAUUCGAGGCAUGGCGAACAAGACCACUGGCAGGCUGACUGCGGAGGUCGACAGUGAAGAGUUAUCGUGGGUGCAGUCCAAUGUUGACGAGGUCAUCACGAUGCUACAGCAAUCCCCAGGUCUGCCGUCCGUCCCUGAGAGUGUGUCCCUGCUGGCAGGAGGCUCCUCCAGCUCCUCCAACAACCUGACGGAGCGGCUGCUGAGGCAGAACGCAGAGCUGACGGGUUUCGUCAGCCGUCUGACCGAAGAGAAGAACGAUCUGAGGAACCACACGCUCCGCUUGGAGGAAGAGCUCCGACGAUACCGGCAGGCUGGACUGGGAUCAGGCGACAGUUUCAGCAGCAGGAGAGGAGCGUCGAAGACGGAUUCGGCAGGUUUGAUACUCUCCCAGGAGCGGGAGGCUUGGACCAGAGAGAAGCUCCGCCUGGAGAAAGCUUUACUUCUGGCUCAGGCCCACGUGGCCCGACUCCGAGGGGAGAUCAGGACCGACGCCCUGCGAGAGAUGAGCGGACCUGAGGCGGACAAUGCUGCACUAAAGAGGAUGUACGGGAAGUAUUUGAGGUCAGAAAGCUUCCGCAAAGCGCUGAUCUACCAGAAGAAAUAUCUGCUGUUACUGCUGGGCGGCUUCCAGGAGUGUGAGGAAGCCACACUGUCGCUGCUCUCCAGGAUGGGCGGUCGUCCGUCGCUCCCCAGCAUGGAGUCCUUCAACCAGCGCCGCCGGGGGCUGAUGCGCUUCCGCUCUGCCGUCCGAGUCUCUAUUGCACUCUCCAGAAUGCGUUUCCUAGUGAAGCGAUGGCACAAGGCGACGGGGAUGAGCUCCACAACGUCCUGCGGCAUCAACAAAAAUGGAGCAGGACAGAUGUUAGGUACAGAUGCGAGAGACUCACCGUAUCUUCACCCGGGCAGCGUGGAGAUGUACAGAGAGAGAGGAAGUGGAGGAGGAGGAGUCUCGAGCGGCAGAGGGAGAAGCGGACGUGAAUCCCCCAGAUCGGCUGUCUCGUCCACACAACACAGGUUUCACGUGGCCGGAGACCACGGAGCUCUAACCUGUUCACACCUGCAGAACUACGACCCCGACCGAGCGCUCACCGACUACAUCUCCAGACUGGAAGCACUGCAGAGGAGGCUGGGGAGUGUGACAUCAGGUGCUUCUUCAUAUGCUCAAUUGCACUUUGGCUUGAGAAGAUAGACGCCGUCGAGUAACUUUGGCUUGAAGAAACUCAGUUGCCUUUUCUCGUGCUGAGCGUUCUGCUGUUUUCUAUCAUUCUGGUGUGGACUGUAUCUUUCCAUGUGGACCAAAACACAUUUUUUUAUUAGCGUACAACAUGUUGUAUCCAGGCUUUUUGUCGCCAGCACUUGAAAAACAGCGAUGUUUGUAAAUGAAUCUGCCUCUUUGUUGUGGAUGAUCUACAAUCAUGUAUAUUUGUCUAAUGCUAAUUUAAGACCUCGUGAUUAAUUUAUAUGUUUGCGUUGAAUGGGUGGAGCGUUAUGUAGAGAGUGUUUGGGUUUAUCGUUAAGGAGGCUGCUGCUGGAUAUUCUACACUACACUGUGUUUUGUUUAGGCCAGACAGACUACAGAGGACAUUUGUAGAGAACGUAUUUUUGUAAAGCGUAGGAGCUUUGAAUUUUCUGGGUAUUUUGUCAAAAACUGAAAUAAAGAGGACUACAUUAUUUGAAA